GCCAAAUAGUGAGCCAGAGCAGUUGCACUGAAGUUCCUAACACAAGGAAAUUACAUAGUUACUUUAGUGCUGCAUAUGGACCAUUUGUUUUCUAGCAUAGGUGAAAUGUCAACAGAAGUGCCAAAUGUUAAACUGAAAAUUGAUCCUGAGAAUCUGCAGAUCCAGACAUUUACUGUGGAGAAACUACUGGAACCAUUGAUAAUUCAGGUUACAACACUAGUGAACUGUCCACAGAAUCCUUCUAGCAAGAAAAAGGGACGUUCCAAAAGAGCUCGUGUCUUGCUAGCCUCUGUGGAAGAAGCCACUUGGAAUCUACUGGACAAGGGAACAAAAAUUGCCAAGGAAGCAACUGUGUUUAAAGAGGAACUUCAUUCAGCCCUCCAUGAUGUACAAAAAGAGAGUCAAGCCUUAAAGGUAUCAGCAGAGGAGUUUACCAGUGAUCCCUGCUACCUACCCAAGAGGCAAGCUGUUGUCCAAGCAGCACGGUCUCUGCUUGCAGCUGUCACAAGGCUUCUUAUUCUGGCAGACAUGGUUGAUGUGGCAUACCUAUUGGAACAUUUAAGUGUGUUUCAACGAACAUUUGAAUCUCUAAGAAAUGUAUCCAGUAAAGCUGAUCUUCUGAAAACCUAUCAGAAGUUCCAAAAAGAUCUGGAAAAUCUUGAUUAUUUGGCAUACAAACGUCAACAGGAUUUGAAAUCUAGCAAUCAGCGAGAUGAAAUUGCUGCAGCACGUGCAAGUCUGAAGGAAAAUUCAUCUCUUCUACAUUCAAUAUGUUCAGCUUGUUUGGAACAUUCAGAUGUUGCAUCCCUUACAGCCAGCAAGGACUCAAUUUGUAAUGAAAUACAGAAUGCUCUCAGUGUAAUUUCUAAUGCUUCCCAAGGAGUUAGAAAUGAAAUGGGACAACCUAUAUCUCACACAGCUACUCUCGGAAGUGCCCUUGAUGAGCUUGAGAAUUUAAUUAUCCUGGAUCCUCUUGUAGUGAAUGAAGAGAAAAUAAGGCCAUCACUAGAGAAACGUUUGGAAGCAAUUAUUAGUGGAGCUGCUUUGCUAGCAGAUUCUUCCUGCACACGUGACUUUCAUCGAGAACGCAUCAUUGCCGAGUGCAAUGCUAUCCGCCAAGCUCUUCAAGAUCUGCUUUCUGAGUACAUGAAUAACACUGACAGGAAAGGAAGAAGUAAUGCCUUGAAUAUUGCAAUAGACAGUAUGUGCAAGAAGACAAGAGACCUUCGCAGACAGCUUCGUAAAGCCAUUAUAGAUCACAUCUCAGACUCCUUCUUAGAUACCACUGUUCCGCUUCUAGUUCUCAUUGAAGCCGCUAAAAAUGGAAGAGAAGAAGAAAUAAAGGAAUAUGCUGCUAUAUUUCGAGAACACACCAGCAGGCUUGUGGAGGUUGCUAAUCUUGCUUGCUCAUUAUCAACAAAUGAAGAUGGGAUGAAAAUUGUCCAGAUGGCAGCUAAUCACAUAGAGACUUUUUGCCCACAGGUUAUUAAUGCUGCUUUAGCUCUUGCUGCCAGACCAAAAAGUCAAGUUGUAAAAAACAACAUGGAGAUGUACAGAAGUGUAUGGGAGAAUCACAUUCAUGUUCUAACCGAAGCUGUGGAUGAUAUAACAAGCAUUGAUGAUUUUCUUGCUGUUUCAGAAAGCCACAUUCUUGAGGAUGUAAACAAGUGUAUCAUUGCGUUGAGAGAACAAAACACUGACAAUUUAGAUCGCGCAGCAGGUGCAAUCCGAGGGCGAGCUUCAAGAGUAGCUCAUAUUGUUUCGGGUGAGAUGGACAAUUACGAGCCGGGGACUUACACUGAGGGAGUGAUGAAGAAUGUUCGAUAUCUGACAAAGACUGUGAUUCCAGAGUUUAUUGGUCAAGUAAAUACUGCGUUGGAGAGCUUCAGCAAGAAUAAAAUGCAUCAGUUCGAUGAUAAUCAAUUUGUGGACAUUUCUAAGAAGGUCUAUGAUACAAUUCACAAUAUCAGAUGCUCAGUCAUGGUGAUUCGGACACCUGAGGAGCUAGAAGACGUAUCUGACCUUGAAGAAGACCACGAUGUCUGUAGUCGUACAAGUAUUCAAACUGAAGGAAAAACUGACAGAGCGAAGAUGACUCAACUGCCAGAGGCUGAAAAGGAAAAGAUAGCUGAACAAGUGGCUGACUUCAAAAAAGUCAAGAGUAAGCUUGAUGCAGAGAUUGAAAUAUGGGAUGAUACCAGCAAUGACAUCAUUGUUUUGGCCAAGAGAAUGUGUGUGAUUAUGAUGGAGAUGACUGACUUCACAAGGGGUAGAGGCCCAUUGAAGAACACAUCAGAUGUAAUUAAUGCAGCAAAAAUGAUUUCAGAGUCAGGAUCAAGGAUGGAUGUCUUAGCACGGCUGAUCGCCAAUCAGUGUCCAGACCAAUCAUGUAAACAGGACCUGUUGGCUUACCUAGAACAGAUCAAGCUGUACUCCCACCAGCUCAAAAUCUGCAGUCAAGUUAAAGCAGAAAUCCAGAAUCUGGGUGGAGAGCUCAUCAUGUCUGCUUUGGAUAGUGUCACUUCACUAAUUCAGGCUGCCAAAAAUUUAAUGAAUGCUGUGGUGCAGACAGUAAAGAUGUCCUAUAUUGCGUCCACAAAGAUUAUCAAGAUUCAGAGUCCUACUGGCCCACGACAUCCUGUUGUUAUGUGGAGAAUGAAAAUUCCAGAGAAGAAGCCCCUAAUUAAAAGAGAGAAGCCAGAAGAAAUCCAUGCAGCUGUCAGAAAAGGUUCUGCAAAGAAGAGAAUCCAUCCUGUUCAGGUCAUGAGUGAAUUCAGAGGCAGAGAAAUAGUCUGAUACUCUCCCACUUUCUGCAUUUCCUCUCAUCAAAUUCUAUUGGUUUUGCAUCUUUUUCUCCUCACUUGUUUAAUAAUUACGUAUGCUAAUGUUUUUGCUUUUCUCUAAAUCUGAAUGUUAAUGCUUGCUUCAGUUAUUUCAAAAUGUUAAUUGGAUUAAUUAAUAGCACACAGUUGAAAAAAAAAAACUCAUUCUCUUGUAGUGACAAAUUAUCACCACGUCUUUGUACUGGCAUGUUUUCAGCUGAGUGCUUUGAGUGAUGCAUAUGGGGCUGCGGUGUGACAAGUAGAUCUACUUUCAUGUAGUCAGAAGGCAGGAUGCCAUGUGCCAAACUGUGCUGAAACUCCUACUGCACUCACUAGGGUCGGGUGUUUCUUCUCCAGGGACAAACGUGGCCAAUACUGAAUUCCAUGUAUUCUACGACAUGCAGAUUUUUAAACAUUGUGUUUAUUGUGUCAGAUCCUUGACCACAAUCAUUACUCUGCGAUCGGAAUAGCCGUGCUGGCUGAUGCUAGCUGAGGGUCUAGGCCUUCACUUUUAUCCAGAUUGAAUGAGCUAAAGAUCCACUGCCAACCUCCAGCCUUAGGCACAAACACAAGGGGAAAGUUUGAAAAUGUUUGACAAAACAAAAAGUUUAACAGCGUGGAUGCAAUAAUGUAAUCAAAAGCACUGAUUGCAAUAUAGCAGUUAUAAAAGCUCUUUAAAAGGCUUUCUAAAACAUUAAUCUGUGUUCUGCUAGCCAGCCUAUUCUGUGAAUCCUAAUAAAUCUGACUGAAUACUGUAUUUGGCAGUUCAAGAAAAUCAAAUAUUAACAAGAAAAACCUGUUUUCUAACCACAGUACAAAAGAGCUAACAAAUAUAAAGUAUAUAAUUAUCCUGAGAUCAGUGUGUGAAAUACAAAUAUACUUACUUAUAUCUAGCAUCUGAAGAAUGAUGAAAUUUUUUUGCAAGGUGAAGUGAAUUAAAUGACCUUUUGCCUAUGGCUAGCAUCCCAAAUGCAGAACUGUGCCUUUGAGCAAUUUGAUAAAUGACUACAAUGUAUUUCAAAGUGCAUAAUGAAGGGAAGGGCUAUCCGUAUGUAAUCACAACCAGCCUUCUGUAGAAUACUUACAGAAAGAAACUAUUUUUCUAGAUCUGUUUGAAUCUAGAUUUUUUUUCAAAAAAAGCAGCAAACCUGUCUUCAGUCCAUGUCAGUAUGUUUCCACAGAUGCCAUUUGCUACUUAAAGUGUUGCCUGGCAAGCAAAUAGAUCCUUUGCUACAUUCAUGAAUCUGCUGAAUCAAAGGAUUCCCUCAAAUGUCAGAACUUUAUGAUACAUAAUUGAUUGCCAUUAUCAAGAGGCUGCAGAAUAUAGGCUGCUGCUACAGGUCAUUUAAUAUCUUAUUUUGACCAGCACUGGACCUACUUGGAACAAUGUAGGCAGCAAAAGUAAUCAUAAACUGUAUUCUUCUUUGGGUGGCCACCCUAUUCCUAUGCUUGGAACAGUGAAGCAGUAUAAUUUCUAAGCUGCUGGUUAAGAAAGCCCAUGAAGUCUACAGUGCUCAUGCCUCAAAGACCUUACAAGUCACAAUUUCAGCUUCCCCAGAUUUCUCCAAAUUUACGAUCAGUUAAAUGACAAAAUUAAGAAUCUAAGAAAAUUAUUUAUAAUUCAAACCGUCUUUGUAUUUGCCUCAGGAUCUUAGUAAUAUGUAUAGGUCUUUGUUGUCUUGCCUUUACAGCUAAUGGUGAAGUGGAGUAGGUAGAAGCAGUAAAGAGCAGGUCAUACCACCUAGUGAAAAGUGGCAGAUUAAUAUUUCAGUAAUAUUUCAGGUUCUGGUCUACCCCUCUGACUACCCCUCCAGCAAGACUCAGAUCUUAAAAGCCAGCAGGUGAGCUGAUAUAAUCUUGAUUUUUGUGAAGGGCUUUACUCUCUUAUUUAUAUUAUGGCUCUGGGUUACACCUUUGAUAUAGGACACCUUCCCAUCAGUUGUUUGUAAUUAAUGUCUUUUAUCACAUUGAAGAGAUCACAUUCUAAAUAAAAAAAACAUAGUACACCAGGAGGAAGACGUGCCUGUCCCCCCCUUUUUUUUUUGGUGGGGUGCGGGGGGAAUAUGUUUCCUUACUAGUGAACAUGCAGUUCAAUAGCCUGCCAGGCUUGUUUGUAGGAGUAGCAGCCUAUCUGGCACACUAAGUUCCUCACUGAGCUAUUAUACUCUAUUUUAAGCUAGCACUUUUCUAGCAUUAGUACCAUUAAAUUAAAGCACAGCUCACUGCUUAAUGUAAUGCCCCUUCCUAAAAUGCUAUUCAGUACUCUCUUAUCCUAGAGAUAUCCAGCAGUCAGUUUGAUCUCAGCUUGUAAUACCAUUCCUAUUACUUUAUUAGGAAAAAAAAAUCCUAAAUGAACAAGAAAGUCAGAAAACACUGCUGUUUCUGAGAAGAGCCAAAGGAAUGAUGAGUUAAUUACAUCUGGAUGAGUACUACCAUGAGCCAUUUGGAUAAAGUUCAAACCUAAGUGAAAACAUAACAAGGUAAAGUUUAUUCCUGGCUAAGGAGGCACAGGGAUAAAAAACAUGAAUCCUGAGAUAUAAGAAGCCCAGUAUAUUAGCUCAUUACCCCACUCAGCAGGUCUGUGAAGCAGGGAACAAGGACUUCUGUGCUACUAUUAAUAAAACUGGAGGAGGACCUGCUGCUCAGUGAGUGUAAUUCAGAUACGGAUGCGUAAUCUGCCCUGCAAUCCAAUCAUUCUUUCCUAGCCCUGGUUUUCAGAGAAUAAUUUUUCAGUGCACUGUCAUUUUGCCUCUGUGUGUGUUUGCAUAGUGUCUGUGGCCUACCAGCAUUCAUUUGAAAACUGUGCUCCUAUAGCAGCAGCUUUGCAGGGCUGUCCUCAGGAGGACAGAUUAGUUCAUUAGUCUUUUUUCAUAGAAUUGGUAAGAUUGGAAGGGACCUCUGUACAUCACCUAGUCCAACCCUCAAAUGAGUGGCCUGUUCAGGGAUCGAACCCGUGACCUUGACAUUAUUAGCACCACGUUCUAACCAACUGAGCUAAACCCUGUCACAAUCUUCCUUGUCUUUACUCCGUAACAGGACAGUGGGGAGAAGACAAAUGUAAAUGACAAUUGAAGGCAAUUUUAUUUUUAAAACUCAACGGAGCACUAGAAGAAAGAUGAAUUUUAUUUUUCAUUGUUGAAGCACAUUAGUGCAAGAGGACACCUUCAAGUCAUUUCCAUCCCACAGAUGUUGAUUUUUUUUUUUAAUUCUUUAGUAAACAAUUUGGUUGCUUGGCUCUGCUUUAGUUGUUUGAUGAUUCCUUUAGUAUUUAAUGUUUCUAAUUUGUAAAAGGAAGUUUCUGUCACUGUAGAUUGAGCUGAGCAUAGUUUGCAAGUUGUCCCAAUUACUUAUGUUGCCUGGCCUUAGCGAGCUAUUCUUCGUAAGUAGCACCAGUCCUCUAGUGUUUUGGACCCUCAGAAAACCCGGAAACCACUUGUCCCUCUACCACUGCACACCCCCUCCGCCCUAGCCUUGUGUACAGUAAAAACUGUCCCAGCACAGCUAGUGGCCUGAUGAUUUUUCUGAGGGGGUGAGUGGGAGAGAGAAAGGUGGGGAAAAGAUGUAAUCGCCCUCUCAAGGGUUUCUUGCACUUAGGCCAACAGAAAGUUUUCCUCUGACUUAAGUUCUGUUGGUGUAUCUUUGCUGAAAAAGAUGACUAAGAAGCAUGUCAUCACACAGCUCCGAUAUUCCAGAUGGCUUUAAAAGGUCCUCAGCACUUUUAAAAAGACUUCUUGUGUGGUCUAUUUUGUAUGAAUCUGCUAUGAAAGCAUUUAAGAAAAACGUAUUUAUAUAGCAAGUUCUUUAAUGAGAUUAUGGAAACUUUAUUUUAAAAGUAUUUUUAAGCCUUUUCCAGUACCAGACAGUAAAAUUCUUUGCUGUCAUACGUGCCAUUAUUGCUGUGAACUACUACUUAUUCUUUGUGUACUUUCUUUGUUAAGCAUUGGGGACUUGCCUGUAUAUCUGGCUCAGGGGACAGGUAGAUAAAUGAAAGCCUAUUCCCUCAGGAUGGAUUUUUAAAAAAUGAAAUCAUUAUCAGAGAAAAAAUCUAAAUUAAAAUAUAGCAAACAAUGAAUAUCCAACAAGCAAACAAAUGUUUCCCUGCUAUCAGCCAUUCAGUUCUACAGUCUUAUGAUUGCCUGUUGACAUUUUACUUUCUCAAAAAACAUGUUCUAAGAGAACAGGUUUUGCAUUUGACUAAGCUGUUUUAGCUUUAAAGAAACAGUGACACCUACUAGGCUCUUCUCACUUAACAAAACCUCGGCAUCUGAUUGAAAGAGCCUUGCAAACCGGAGACUUCCUGACUAGUACCGUUCACCUGCCCAGUGCUGCCUGGCCUUGCCAGCAGCUCCUGCUGACCACGUGAUGCCCAGCUGACUGUCCCAGCCCUUUUCUGGGCCCCUGUUCCCAUCAGUAGUCUCCCCAAAGCCUCGUCUGCAUCCACUGCCAAGCUCAGUUUUGCCCGCAACACUGAGGUAGCUCUGGUUAUACACAGCUGUUAAUAAACCCCUUCCUCUCUUACAACCUACAACCCACAAAAGCCAUUGGGAUGCUUGGAAGAAAAAUUAAACUUAAUAUAAUAAAAGGAGUAUUCUGAAAUUGUGCAAUAGAGUGCAAUUUAAGAGCAUACUAGGAAAGUAAUUAUGUAAUAAUUAAAAAUCAAGUAGAUGGUGCUGUAUUUCACUUUUGUUUCCCCUAACAGAUCAUUAAAACUGUUUUACACUUUCUUCUAA